UUGUGGCUCAGCAGGCCCCAUUGUUCCAUCAGCCCGUUUGUUCGCUUGGUUUCCUAUGCACAAACAAAACUUUCCUGCCAUCCUGCGCAAUAUUGGGCUCCUCUGCGCUUUGACUACCCAGAUUAUUGGAUUCUCUGAUUUUCUCUGAAAGAAAAAAACCAUAAAGGAUGUACAGCUUCAUGGGAGGUGGGUUGUUCUGCGCCGGAGUGGGGAACAUACUCCUGAUUCUCUCCACGGCGACAGACUACUGGAUGCAGUAUCGACACUCCAGCAAUUACAUGCACCAGGGCCUGUGGCGCUACUGUUUGCCCGGGAAAUGCAUGACCCACACAGACAGCAUUGCGUACUGGGAUGCCACACGGGCCUUCAUGAUCCUCUCCCUGCUGGCCUGCUUCUUUGGCAUUGUGAUCGGAGUCAUGGCCUUCAUCCACUAUUCCUCUUUCGAUUGGUUCGACAAGACGUUUGCGGCCGGCAUCCUGUUCUUCAUCUCCUGCUUCUUUGUGCUGCUGGCGAUGGCCGUGUACACCGGGGUAACAGUGAACUACUAUGGGAAACGCUAUGGCAGCUGGCGAUUCUCCUGGUCCUAUAUAAUGGGCUGGGUGGCAGUGGUGCUCACAUUCUUCUCAGGAAUCUUCUACAUGUGUGCCUACCGGAUGCACGAAUGCCCCAGGAACUCCAACUCCCGCUAACCUGCCGAACGCAUGUGUACCAGCACUGGACCACGACACAUGGCCAAGAGGAGAAUAAACCCACAUUAAAAACUCCUGUCUACCUAAACAUUCAGAUGUAUUCUAAAUAAAAGUGAGAAAACGUAAUUGCAAACCAUGUAGAUUUCUUAAUUCUCUCUCUUGUAUCAAAAAUGAGCACUCAAAUUGUUUAUUACUGGAGCAUCAGCAGGUGACUGGACACAGUUCGAGUUUGUUGAGGCAGAGGUGUGGAAAAGUAACACUUAAAACUAAGGGGGAUGCAGAGCCGUUCUACCACUGAAACCUCUAUACUGUGAAUCAGUGACGCUCGCAGACAGCACAGACAACAUGACAUAAAUGGUGAUAUAAUAUUGAUUAUA